AUGUGAUAAAAAAGGACUGAAAUUUAGAUCUAAACUUUGGAUCACAGCCUGAUUCUCUCGGCUUCUCGCAAAAAUGGAGAACUUUUUUGAGUGUCGCGGAGAAAAAAUAGACGAGAAAGAAAGAAGGGGGCGAGAGAUGGAGAUGGGUCAUGGCAUUAAACGCAGUAGCGACCGAACUGACCGGCAUUCAUGUCCCGCGUCCGCAGUGUCCCACUCCCGCCACUCCUUCCACCCCCGUGAGGGCGUGAAGUUAACCCAAAAAAAAAUGGACGUCGUCACACACGCGGGCAGGCACCACCGCACCAGUACACCACCACCAUCGCCCCGCCCCGCAUCGCGCCCCACAGCGCCAUCGCCUCGCCUGUCGCCACCAGCACACGGCAGGCACAGGCACCACCGCCCCUCUGAACCCGAGAAAACCCCUACUUGACUCGCCACGCUCCCCGCUAAUCGCAACCAGACGGAGUUGUCCUUGGUGUAGUUGGCCAGCGCGCCCAGGCAGGGGGUAGAGCGAGCUCGCCGAGCUCGAGCUCGAUCCAUCGCCCGCCAGCCAUGGUCUCCUCUCCCUCGCCUUCCUCUCCCUUCCCCGCCGCAGCAGUAUCCGACGCGAGGCGGGCCGGCGGUGGCAGGACGACGGCCUCGGAGGUGGACGAGAAGUACGCGCACGUCGCGACGCCACUCCACAACCACCGCGGGGGGAGCGGGGGUGCCAAGAAGACGCCGCGGCGAGCGAAGAGCGAAGGAGGAGGCGGAGCGGACCCCGCGGCGUACGUCGCGGCGGUGUCCUGCUCUGACUGCCGCUUCAAGCAGCGGCUCCACGCGCCGGCGUCGCCUGGCCCUGGGGCGGUCAUCCGCUCGCUGUUCGUGUCACUCACCCGACGAUCCACGCCGCGGUCGUCGCCGUCGCCGACGUCGGCGUCCGGUGGGGACGGAGGGGAGAGCGAGCAGUGGCGCCUGGCCGCGGCCGACCUCUCGCGGCGGCUCGCGGCGGCGACGCGCACGCGGGACGAGGCGCUGGAGGAGACCACGCGGCUGAAGCACUCCCUCACCGAGCUGGAGAUGAAGCUCGCGCGCCUCGAGGCCCGCGUGCUCCCCACUCCCACGGCCGCCGCCUUCCCCGUCGAGUCGUUCCUCCGGGCGGUGUCGACAGCGCGAGCCGCCGUGCGGAGCCUCACGCGGGCUCUCUCCAAUCACCUCCGCAGCCCGGUGAACCCCGGCCCGAACCUCGAGAGCUUCCUGAACCGCGCGUUCCACGCCGACUUCGAGCUCGACACCGAGGGCGACGUGCACACGGCGGACCCGGCGGGCCGCUGCGAGGCCAACCUCGCGGCGUACCACUCCAUCGCGGCGCUGACGUGGGAGGAGGUCCUCCUCCACGGUACCAAGCACUACAGCGAGGGCCUGAGCCGGUUCUGCGACGCCAAGAUGAGCGAGGUGGUUUCCUCCCUCGGUUGGGCGCGCGCCCGCGCCUGGCCGGAGCCGCUGCUGCAGGCGUUCUUCCUGGCCGCCAAGGGCGUGUGGGGGGUGCGCCUCCUCGCGCGGUCCGUCCACCCGCCGCUGCCCGUGGUGCGCGUCGACCGCGGCGCGCGCUUCGACUCGCGGUUCAUGGAGGACGCGGCCGCCGGGCGCGCCGGGAAGCUGGAGCCGGCAAGCGUGAAGAUGAUGGUGGCGCCGGGGUUCCACGUGUACGUCGCCUGCGCCGGCGUGGUGAAGUGCAAGGUGGUGUGCUUCUACAGCAGCAGCAGCAGCAGCCGCACCGGCGGCCACAGAGAUGGCGGGAGCAUCGCCAACGGGUCUGUGGGGUUGGGGAGUAGCUGUAGCGAUGUGAAUGGGAGUGCUACAGACGCGGUGGAUGGUUGUAAUAAUCAGAGCAGUAGCGUAGUUACAUAGGUAAAACAAACACGACCAUUUUUUUUACUGUAUUUGUGUGGUUAAAACAGGACCUGCAUUUUUACUUUUGUGUGAAUACGGGGGACUUUGUCCCAACUUUAUGUUGAUUUCGUUCGUGUUUGUAGCUUUGAUUUGUUGAGUAAAGACAGUUUUUGUUUGGCACGAGCAACC